UUCCUGCAAGGCUGCAAGGGGGUGGUUAUAUAGACUCGAUGCUGCGCCGCGCGGGAGCUUUGCGUUUGCGUUUGCGUUUUUGCACUUUGCAAGCUGCAACACGCCAGCACAGACCACGACGGGACGACACUACGACAGUCGAACACGAUUAUCCGUGAUCGAUCGUACGUCGUCUUCGAUGGUCCCCUUACGGCGUAUGCUGUGUACGCGCGUUGUCCCUUCACACUUUAAUAACGGACUAGUCGUAAUUAUUAGAUAGGUAUAUUAUAAUAUAAUAAUAUAUCGUAUCCGCCCGGAAAUGACUUCGUCAUCCGCCAACGCACAGACCGCCGGGGUGUCGGACGCUGUGGCGGCGGCUGCAGACGACGGGUCCGGGGCCGCGACCAGUAAUCGAAAUCCGCUGCUGUGUUUCCUGUGCGAAGAUUAUUACGACGAGCCUUGUAUCCUGAUAUGUUUUCACACGUUUUGCGCCAAAUGCGUCCGGGCCAAAAACCAGGACGGCAAAAUCAACUGUCCCUUAUGUGGAACACAAACGACGUUAAAAGAAGGUGUACAGUUACCACCUCCCGACUAUUUGAUGUGCAAAUUGAUCGAUAUGGUGAACAUCAAGAACCCUCCUUGCUCCAACUGCGACAAACGCGAUCCGUCCUCAAUGUAUUUUUGCUCCACUUGUGGUCAAGCUUUGUGCAAGCCCUGCCGAGAAAACACUCACCGUGCAAAAAUGUUUUCGUCACAUGACAUUGUACAAAUGUCCAAGCGCUUGGCUGACAAAACAGAAAUAUGUCCAAAACACGACGAAAAGAUCAGCUAUUUUUCGAGUACUCAGAAACAAGUGAUCUGUAUCAAUUGCGUACUCGAAAAGCUUCCCGAGAAUCGCAAGGCAUGCGUAGAGAUAGACGUAGCUUAUAAUCAAAACUUGAAAAAAUUAGAUAGAGCACUUUUAUCGGUGUACGACAUGCAGAGUACAAUCCGCGAAGGUGUAGUGGCCUGUCACACGCUCCUAGAAGAGUUGCGGCAAAACACAGACACGGAAAAACUGACUAUUCAUAAUUUCGUGCAAACGCUCCACGAUGCCAUCAACAAAAUACAAACCGAUAUGCACUUGGAAGUCCAACGACAAUAUGAAAUAAAAGAAAGAGCUUUUCGUAAUCAGCUUUUGACUUUAAGUGCAGUGCUUCCCAUUUUGCAACAUCAUAUUCUUCUAUGUAGAAAUUUUGUAUCAACUUCAAAUAAGUAUCAUUUUCUUGAAAUUGUGUCUUUAAUGCUCGAUCGAUUAAACACUAUUGUGAAAAUUCCACAGCCAACAAAACCUUUAUUGACAAGUACAAUAAAAACAAAUUACCGUUCUGAGUUUGCUCAGUGUUUGGAACCAUGGUUUGGUAAAUCAGAUGUAAUGGACUCUGGUAUAUAUGAAUCAUCAAAAUAUAUUAACAGUCUUGCAGCCAAGUCUAAAGAAAACUUAAACUUAUCACAUUCUACAUUGCCCAGUAAAAGACAACAUUCUGCUUUAAAAGCUAAAGCUUUAGAAGGCGAAGGUACUUUUUCUAAUCAUUGUCGAAGCUUUGAUUCUCAGAUCAAGGAACUGGGUACUCAAUUGAGUUGUGUGAAAGAUCGUUUAAAUGAAUUACAGAGAGAAGUAAGAGCUCUCCAAGGUACUAAAUCUCCUGCUGUGCCUCCUUUGAUCUUACGGCAUCAAAAUAUUAUUAGAGAUUGUCUUCGUUUAAAUGACACUCUUGAUAAAAAUCGAAUAGAACUAGAGAGAUUAAGAUCAGUGUUCCAAACAAUUUGGCAAGAACAAUUGUAUAGAAUUCACGUCGAACAAGAUAUAUUCCAGUCACAAAUGACUGAUAUUACAAAUUUGCAAAGUGAAGUUAAACAGUUAGCAACAUUAGCGCAACAAUUAGAUCCUUAUGUCAAGCGAUUAACAUCAAAACCAAAUAAUAAUGAAAUGGCAGAUUUAAAGAGUUUAUUGGAUCGACUGAGUUCUCUUCAGCAAACUCAAAGAUUUCCAAUGGGAUGCCACAAAAUGGAAUCUCAUUGUAUGAGUAGUUCAUCACCUUUAUCUGACACAAUAUAUGCUAAAGAUAACAGACCAGAAACUCCAGUUAGAGAAAAAGAUCAACAAAUGUUAUAUUUUCAUAAGACACAAUCAACUAAAAGUGUAUUAUCUCAUAUAGUAGACAAAGUUUGUGUGCGGGACAAAACAUUUCAAGAAUUUAGAGAAAGAAGCAAGUCUGAAGGCCGCAUAAAAGAUUGUCCAAUUAGAUCCAAACCAAAAAAUGUUGUUGGCGAAGAGUGUGUAAAAAAUACAAGAGCCUGUUCUUUAUACCAAAUGAUAGACAUUCGUGAUAUGCAACAUCUUGCUGCUCAAUCGACUUCAAAUAUACAUGAGAAGGAUUUAAAUGCUGAAAUGAUGUGUGAUAAGUUAAGAGAGUAUUUAAAAGAUCAUUUAAAAAAAAAACUAAAUGUUGAGAUCAUAGAUGACGAUAAAGGAUACCAAAAACAAGAACAUAAAAAAACUUUUGAAUACAUUGAAGGAAUGAUUGGAGAAGUUGAAACUAUCAGCUGUGAGGGAGCAAAAGUUUGUCGUAAACAGGGAACAAGAAUUCAUAAAAAACCCAUGCCACCGCCUGUUCAAGAUCCUAUGCCUGUACCUAUAGCUGCACCUAGAAAAUAUAAGAGAUAUCCACAUUCGGACACUGAAGAUGGUGCAAUGUAUCAAGAAUCUUUAUCGUUUCGGCACAUUACUUCACCCGAGGGUGAUAAAUGUACUCGUACAACAAAUUCAGUCCGUUGUCGAUCUAAAAAAACAGGACCUGUUCGGAAGCAAAGAUCAUGGGAAACAUUUCCGACUCGAAAAAAGUCAGUUACUCCAGAGCCAAGUAAAUUUUGUCGUGAUCCAGAAUCUUUUCGUAGCCAAUUUGAUCUCAAUACUUUUCAAGACGGCUUACGAAAAGCCGAUAGUUUUGAAGGACAUGAAGAAGCUGUAAGUUCACUAGUAAGAGAAUUUCAUAAAGUUCGUUCUUUAGAUAAGAAAUCAAAAAAAGCAGAACAAUAAAAUAUAUAGUUUAUGCUAUUAAUAUAUCCAUAUAAAAAAAUAAUUAUGAUUCGAGUAAUCUAUGUUAAUAAUUUUAUUAUAAGAUUUAAGUAAAUUUAAGGUUUUUAAACAUUUAUAAACUAAAUUAUUAAAUAAAUAUCUUUUAUUAAGCACUAUUUAUUUAAUGUUCGUCCAGUUGGUUAUAUGUUGAUUAAUUAAUAAUAAUUACCUAUAUAAUUUUUUUUAAAAACAUGUCUGAUCCAAGCUUGAUAAAUAAACAUGUUUUAAAUUUCUUGUUUUUUUUUUUUUUUUUUUAUAUAAACUUAACAAUUUUAAUUUUAUAUUCUAAUUAAUUUGUUUUUAAGACUUGUUUUAUACAUUUAAUUAAUUGACGUUUAAAAUUAUCUUUCAUAAAGUGUUUUAAUUUUUUUUUUUUUUUAAUAAAUAGCUAUUUAGUUUAAAACUAGUGCUAAUGCAGUUAUUAUAUAAAUAUAGUAUUCAAUUUUGAAUUUAAUAUACUACAGUUAAUGUUUUUUUUGAUUUAUUUGAUCUGUUAUUUAUGCUGAACAUCAGUGGCGUAGACAUGAUUUCUGAAAGGUUGGGAUCAUAUAUAGAAAACAACAUGCCUAAAUAGGAGGGGGAAAUUGGAAAAUCCACCACCUUCUCAAAACUUUUUACUUAGGUAGUAAAAUAUUUAAUAAUAAGAAACAAUAAAUAUAAUUUUAAUUGAUUCAAAAUUCACAUCAAACACAAUAAGAUAAGCUAUAAAUUAUAAUAAAGUAUAAAUAAUCAUAGAACUGUGUUCUAUUUCUAUCAAAUAUCAAUGUAUAAAGCUGUUGAAAUUUUAAAAGCACAUUUAAUAGAAUACAUAACUAAUUAAUUAAUAACACCAUAAUAUUAUGCAACCCCGAUUAACUUUUUAAAAACUAGUGUAAUAUACUAACAUUUUAUAUGUUAAAAAUGAAAACCAUAAAAUAGGAUAAACAUCAUAUUUAAAUGUAUACAUUUGUUUAUCACCCUCAAUGCUCAAAUAAUUAGGUACACAAAUAAUAUUAUUAAACCAUUUAAGUGUUAACAAUUUCAAACCAUAAGAAAAAAUGAUGAAAUCAAGACUACUGUCUACUAACUAAACAUAUAGGUAGGUAUUAUAGUGGUUAUUUCUGAAAAUAGGUAUAGAUACGUAUGUAGGAUUAAUAUUUUCAGAAAUCAUAACUGAUUCUUAAUUAGUUACAUCAUCUGUAUUUAGGUAACAGUUAAUUUAAGGUAAUUAUUUGUAAGAUGAUAAGUGAAAUCAAUUUAAUACAUACAUACAUACAUAUUUAGUAGGUAGCUUUAAACAAGCUACAUUUUUCCAAAAAUUACAUUUUGAUUAAACCUAAAAUUGAGUAAACUUACAUAGAUACAAGUUAU